AUGGAACUGUCCCAGCUCCUCAAUGAGAUCAGGGCAAACUAUGAAAAGCUCCUCACCAGCAAUCAGAUAGAGACCGUGCUGGCCACCAGGAUCCAGUUAGAAGAAGACCUAAACAAGAAAAUGGACAAAGAUGAGGAGGCCUUGAGGGCAGCUCAAGCAGAACUCAAGGAAGCCCGACGCCAGUGGCACCACCUGCAGGUGGAAAUCGAGUCUCUCCACGCGGUGGAACGGGGCCUUGAGAACUCCCUGCAGGCCAGUGAGCAGCACCACCAGACGCAGCUGCAGGACCUGGAGGCUGUGAUCGGAGGCCUGGAAAAAGAGCUGCAGGAGGUCCGGCGUGGUGUGGAGAGGCAGCUGCAGGCACACGAGCUGCUUCUCAACACCAAGAUGAGGCUGGAACAGGAGAUUGCCACCUACCGCCGCCUCCUGGAAGGGGAGGAAAUCAGAUAUUAUGGUUGUAUCCAAGGUGAGAAAAAAGACCAAAAACCUGGCACAAGCAGAGUGGGGUUUGUUUUACCUUCAGCCAUCAUAAAUGAAAUCUCUUUCUCAACAAAACUCCCACAAAAGUAUGAGAGUGAAAAUGUGGAAACCAUGAGCAAACAGGCGACAUUAGAUGGAAAUGUCGUGAAGGAGAGCACGGAAGCGCACGGCACUAUUCAGACCGAGAAGGUAGACGAAAUGAUCAAAGAGUGGGAAGGCUCUUUCUUUAAAGAUAACCCUCGGUUAAGGAAAAAAUCCGUUUCUCUUCGAUUUGAUCUUCACUUAGCAGCCACAGAUGAAGGUUGCUUCCAGACUCAGCAGGAUAACCUGCCGGAUAUCGAGGUCAGGCUCAUCAUGAGGAGAUCCUGCAGCAUCCCCUCCAUCAAGCCUCCGUCCGCAACCACUUAACCCCAAGACCACAGGGGCUCACUUCGAACGUGACAUUCACAUGGACCAAGGUGGGCACUGCUGAACUCCUUCUGUCCCAAAUGGUAAGCCACUAAGUACAUGUGGGUGAUGUUACCCCAUGUGUGGGUCUCUUCAGAGGAGAAAAAUAUAUAUACAGUAAGGGACAUUCU